AAAGUGCCAGAAGAACAGGUUUUAGCCGAUCAAGAUGUCGCGUUCUUCGUGGAAAUGGCUGUUUGUGUUCAUAAUUGCAAUCGUAUUCUCACAAGCAAGAGGCACUUAUUACGGACAUGGAUAUUACCCAGCACCGACUACGCAAUCGCCCGCAUGUCCGUCAUAUAUCACCUCAAACAAUAAUGUAAAGUUCACCGCCUCGACCAAAAGCCUGGGGCCUGGGCACCCAAUAAUAAAUGGAAACGACAUAUGGUGCGCGGCAACCAUCGACAAAGCACAACAUCUCAUUGUCGAUUUAGGUGGGGUUGUCAAGAUAGACCACGUGGCUAUACAAGGAAAAGCAGGCACAAAGCAAUCAGUUUCAAUGUAUUACGUAAAAACAAGUAAAGACGGGAGCACUUUUAAUUACAUUCUUGAUGAUAGUGGAACACGUCCCAAGGCAUUUUGGGGUGCAAUAGAUGAUGGUGAUUUUGUGGCCAAAACGAACUUGAAGAAACCUGUCAAAGCUCGAUAUGUAUUGUUUAAUCCGAGAGAACCACAAACAGAGGCAAAUGGACUCUGUCUGCGAGUGGACGUUAAUAUAUGCAACGGCGAACUGACACCUAUAAAUGGCGGAUGGACGAGUUGGUCCAGCUGGUCAGAAUGUUCUCAGCAGUGCCACAUUUAUGGUCAAGGAUCUGGAUAUGCCAUCAAGAGUCGGCAUAGGACUUGUUCAAAUCCCAUUCCUACGUUCGAAGGAGCCGCAUGCAAAGGGAAUUCGGGAGAAGAUGCCUUUUGCCUAAACAGCUGUUCUUCUCAAGUGAAUGGAAAUUGGGGUUACUGGUCACAAUGGUCUGCCUGCAGUAAAACUUGCGGUAACGGAACAGCAACUCGGACAAGGAAAUGUGAUAGUCCUCCUCCCUCUGGCGGCGGGUCCUCUUGUGUUGGAGACGCAAAACAAACGAAGUAUUGUAGUGAUCGUCAGCAUUGUCCAAUUAAUGGUGGAUGGUCUCCCUGGUCCAGCUUUGGAGGAUGCUCGGUGAGCUGUGGAGGAGGGAAACAGACACGGUAUAGGACAUGUAACAGCCCAUAUCCUCAGCAUGGUGGCCAUGACUGUGCGGGGAGUAAUGUCGAUCAUCGAAACUGUAACUCUGACCCAUGUCCAAUUAAUGGCGGCUGGACUAAUUGGCAGUCAUGGUCAGGUUGCUCUGCGACGUGCGGAGGAGGUUCACAGACGCGCAAGCGCUCUUGCAACAAUCCCCCACCACAACAUGGCGGCAUUCACUGUAAAGGAAGCGAUACAGAUCAUCAAUCUUGCAACACUGAAAAUUGCCCCAUUAAUGGAGGCUGGACUGAGUGGACACAAUGGUCUGCCUGUGACAAAACGUGUGGCGGUGGAAGCUCCUAUCGACGAAGGCAAUGUACCAGCCCACCACCUCAGAACGGUGGCAAAACAUGCCCUGGAAAUGGUUACGAAGUUCAGAGUUGCAAUUCGCAAGGAUGCCCAGUCAAUGGUGGUUGGAGUGCGUGGAGUCAGUGGUCGAGCUGUAGUAAAUCCUGCGACGGACAGCGAACGAGGCAGCGCUCGUGCACCAAUCCUCCGUCAUCCAACCAAGGAGCCUCUUGCCCAGGGUUAAGAGUACAAUCUGAAGCGUGCAAUGUGGGAAAGUGUCCAGGCCCAGUACAUGGCGGCUGGAGCGACUGGAGUGAAUGGUCGACCUGUACAAAAUCGUGUAGUGGAGGAACACAAAAGAGGACAAGAUCUUGCACUAACCCUACUCCUGCACACGGUGGAAAUAGCUGCAGUGGAAACUCAGAGGAGUCCCAACAGUGCAACAAACAAGCAUGUCCAGUGGACGGCGGGUGGACUGAGUGGGCCCAAUGGACAGGAUGCAGUGCAACAUGCGGAGGUGGAACACGAUCAAGAAGACGUGCCUGUACCAAUCCACCACCGUCCAAUGACGGAUCAGGAUGUACUGGCGGAUACGUGGAGGUUGAAAGGUGCAACACACAAUCGUGUCCAGUGGAUGGCAAAUUUUCUCCGUGGACUCCAUGGAAACAAUGCAGCAAGACGUGUGGAGGAGGAACUCAAACCCGGACAAGGCAGUGUGAUAAUCCCCCUCCCUCCCAGGGUGGGAAGCCCUGUGUUGGAGAUACCCUCCAGACUCGAGUGUGUAGCACCAACGUCUGUCCAGCUGAUGGUAGCUGGUCAAAUUGGGCAAGUUGGAACUCCUGUAGCAGGACAUGCGGUGGCGGAACACAGUCAAGAAGACGUCAGUGCGACAGCCCGCAACCGUCCAACGGAGGAAAGUUUUGUCCUGGCGACGAUACAGAGACAAGGGAAUGCAUGACCCAGGCAUGUCCAGUUGAUGGAGGAUGGACUAACUGGGCUACAGGGCCAUGCAAUGUUCUAUGUGGCGAUGGAAAACGUAACCGAACAAGAACGUGCACUAACCCACCCGCCUCGGGAGGCGGUGACGUCUGUAUGGGGCCAGCCUUUGAAACGGAGAACUGUAACUCUGGACCUUGUAAAGCAACUACAGCGCCAACGGCUACUGCAUUGCCUACACCUACUAUAGAUCCGAAUAUCCCCAAAAUUGACCUGGUGUUUGCCAUUAGUGCCACAUCAGCAUCAUUUCAACAAUCUUAUGAGCUAAUGAAAAACACCGUCAAGAAAUUCAUCGAUACAUACGGCGUGAACAAAAUCCAUUACAGCGUCAUUGUGUACGGCAAUCAAGUAAUCCGAGUGGUCAAUUUUAACAGAACCUUUCCUCUCUCCGCAAAUGAGCUUAAAACAGCCAUUGAUCGCCAACCUGCUUUGCCCGGGGGCCCCGUGCUGACAAAUGCAUUACAAGAAGCCUAUCGGGUCUUUAAAGAGAGUGUUGGACGAUCUGGUGCUAAAAAGGUCUUGGUAGUUAUUACAGAUAGGAAUUCUGGUUCGAGUACAAACUCCUUGAGCCAAGCAGUGAGACCACUAGAAGAUCUAGGGGUCUUGGUGAUUUCGAUAGGAGUAGGAAAUGAAGUCUCCAGAAGCGAGUUGAAUAUCAUUUCACCUAACCCGUUGGACGUCAUAUCCGCUCGUUUGAACAUCAAUCCAUCAGUAUUGGCCGUGCGUAUAAUGGAAAGGAUUCUCAGACUUAAUUUCCCAGACGUUGACGUUGGUUUUGCCAUCAGUGCUGCGUCAGCUGAUUCAGAUAAAAUCUUCAGUCUGAUGAAACAAAUAAUCAACACAAUUGUUGAUCGUUAUGGAGUUAAUAAAGUCCGGUUUAGCUUCAUUGUUUACGGAAGCAGGGUAACCACUAGAUUCACCUUUGACAAUGCACCAAUAACUCAGGAGGAACUCAUCAAGGCAGUGAAUGGAACUGAGAAGGUUACUGGAGACCCUGACCUCGAAAAAGCUCUAGAGGAAGCAGAACAGCUGUUCACAAAGACAUCCAGGCCUAACGCUACCAGAGUGUUUGUUGUGCUCACGGAUAUCGUCGGAAGUGGAGAUGAUAACUCGCUUAUAGCCACUUCUGCCAGAUUACGAAAGGGAGGUGUGCUUAUUCUAUCAGUAGGAUUUGGACAACAGGUGAACGCAAUUAGUAACCAGAUGACAAAGGUGGUUAUAGCUCAAAGUGAUUACAUUAGUGUGCCGGAUUUUACUACACAGAGACCAGUUGUGAUAGCAGAGACCAUCAUGUUUAAAGCACUGCAAGCCAAUAUUCCAGAGAUCGACCUGACUUUUGUCAUCAGUGCUACUUCCGCUUCAACCGAUAGAACAUUCACAUUGAUGAAGUCCACAAUCAAUAACAUAAUUGACAAGUAUGGAAUCAGCCGAAUCCAUUACACCGUAAUUGUUUUUGGCUCUGGCUUCACAACAAGUGUUGACUUCUCUACUAACGUGCCAGACAAAGAAACAUUGACUCGUUUGGUGACGAGUCUUCAGAGAGAGACUGGAACUCCAGACCUGGCGAAGGCUCUCCAAGAGGUCAAGAGAGUGUACGAGUUGAGGGAGGUCCGGCCUAACGCGAAAAAAGUGCUUGUGGUCAUUUUGGACAAAAAAACGGACAAUAGCAAAGUUCAGUUAGAGACGAUUGCAACCGAUUUGGUCCAGAAGAGUAUUCUAAUCAUCGGAGUCGGUAUUGGAAGAUCAGUGGAUCGAAAUGAGCUUAUUUACAUUACCGAAGAAAACCGAAAUAUCAUUGAAGUAGAACCAACAGAGAGGCCAGAGGAAGUGGCAAGGGAAAUUAUGAAGAUCAUUUUAAGAACUUCCGGUUAUUCACAGUGGUCGGAAUGGAGCGCAUGCUCAAGAACCUGUCGCCAGAGGGGCGUUGCCGGGACCAGACAACGCACGCGCAAUUGUGAUAUUCGUGAGCUAGGAUGUGAUGGCCCUAGUGAGCAAUUUGAAGAAUGCAACAAAAUAGACUGUGAAGGCUGUGCGGAAAGGACCUCACUCAAUGACACAAAUUACAGUGCCUCGACUGUUGAACAACCGGCUCAGUUUGCCAAGCUGGACACUUCUGACCCGAGUGCAUCGCAAAGAGCCUGGUGCAGAGACAUCAACGACGUUGGUGGCUAUUUGCAGAUAGACUUAGGGGAAACUGCUGAUGUUUACCAGGUGGCCACAAAAGGUCAGGAACAAAACGAUCGAUGGGUUAGGAGUUAUUACAUAACGCUGAGCUCAGAUGGCAACUCCUUCUUUAACUAUACCCAAGGCGGAAGAACUAAGGUAUUCUCUGGCAAUCGGGAUUCAAGAUCCGUUGUUUUUAACAACCUCAACGCCACACAAGCCGUUCGAUAUGUCCGUUUUUAUCCAAUCACAUUUAACCAGCAACCAUGUAUGCAGGCGUCGGUGUUUGCCUGCACUGAAAUAAUAGACCCAACAGCAAAUCCAGCUCGAAUUUCAGAGGAUGCAGGAAAUGGAAUUUUGAUCGCGUUGUGGAUAUUGGCUGGCAUCUUAACUUUCCUUCUUCUCCUGGCCUGUUUGUACUAUUGUUGCUGGCAUGUUUGCUGCAAGAGAGGGAAGAAAAGUAAAGGUCUGACAGCUUUUAGCGAAACAUACACGGAAGAAGAUGGCGGGUAUCUUAUAGAAGACGGUGAAAGCAAGAGAUGGAAUCCUCGUGCGGUUCCCAUGGUGGCAAGAGCACCAAAGGUCGACAAGGUUCCCGAAGACGAGGUGCAAGAGGUUAGCAUUGAGAUGAAAGAAGACAGUCCCCAACUUGGUGUCAUCCAAUUCGGCAUCGAAGCCGAUAACACAAAAGAACAACAUGUAACGGCUGAAACUGUCCACUCAGAGACUCCAUUGUAUUCCCAAGAGGUCAACACUGGAACAGUAAAAAAAGGCGCUACAAAGAUGACCAUGAGUUCCACUGACACCCAGAAAAGGAAACGCGCUCAGAGCGAAUCUGCUGCUGCAACUCUUGAGGAGGCCGAGGCUACUUCCAAACAAUGGUCGUACCAGACAGAACAGAGGCAGAGCUCUGCUUUUGCUAAUGAAGGUUACAUGAGAUCUCAAGAGUCAAUCGCACCUACUCAAGUUCGUACCCGAACUCAGGAAUUAAGACGCGCUCAAAGCGCAGAUGAACUGUCCGCCAUCGACUACGACAUGUUCGAACAACGACGCGAGUCGGCUCAGAGCGCCUUGAAAGGAGAAAUGAGUCGUGAUGGUUACAUGAGGAUGAAACAAAGCAGCCGAGGUUCUUCAGUCGAUGAAACGGACCGGGGCUUCCAAAUGGGGACUGUAGAUUUGGCUAUCGGAGGUAUCGGGGCACCGAAUGUCCAACGGGGAUCGAGCCAGUUCUAUGGAAUGGAGGAACAGGAGAUGACAUUCUCGGCAGAUAAUGGUGGACGUCAUUAUUAUGAAUUGGAAGACGGGGGAUACCGUACGGAAGAGUGGUAUGCUCGUGGGGGACAUGAACCCGGUCGGUUGAGGGAUGAAGGAUUUAGGGAGAUCCAUGUGGAACAUCAACCUAUCUACCACGAAAUAGAAAAUGAUAACAAGGGCUUCAGGCACAGCCGACUUGUCUAAUAGGAACAACUACGAAGUCGAAACUAAGUCCUUCCAUACAAAAGAAAACGAAGGAGGAUUACAAUCUUUUCAACGAAAAUUCAGUGAAAUUCUUCGAAAACCGAUUAGUCUAACUCGAUGGGUUUAAAGGUCUAACUUUAGAGGUGGACCGCUUUUUCUGAAGUCCAAAAAAUUUUAGUUAAAUUGAUUGCAGUCAGGUUUUUCUGUGAUACCUACUCACUGACGGUGUGGGUGGGAUAGAUUUAAUAAGAUAACAUUAGAAAAUUCUCAUUGUGCGUGGAGAUACAGCUGUAGGUAUGAAUUAAGGUGCAGAUCUCUCGUUUUGCUCUUCUCCAGGUCAGAGGCGAAGGAAAUAGAAAAUUCUUUCUUCUUCUUUUGACCGAAAGGUGUUCAAUGAAUUAAAAUGCAUUAAUAAAUAAAUAAGAAAUUGGAGCAAAUUUAUUACUUAGGGACAAUAUUGACGGCGAUAAUAUUUCUUCCUACCAAAAAAGAAAAAAAAAAAAAUAAUAACAAAUGUGUGAUUAUUAGUGUGUAUUAUUAUUUUUUUUAUAUUAGAAAUUAGCUCUUUUUGUAUAUUUCCAAUUCCUUUUUGCCCGUAGAACUAAAGAAAUUCGCACGUUUGCGAAAAGGCUAUUGUAAAGUUUUUCCAUUCAAGAGAGAAGGCCUUGUCACCUAAACCUGCAGUCGAGAAACAUUUUGCUUGGGUAUCUCUCUAUAGGCGAAAUAAUUUAUUAGCCCAUUUGCUCUCCUUUUUAACUAUAAGAUAAAAACAUAGUGGGCAGCUCUUUUCUAGAGAAUCCUAUUAGGAAAUUUACAAGCAUUUGUACAGUUGAAAAAUGUUUGCUUUGUUUGUCGAGUUACAGUACAGGAGUUUCAGUACAUUGCUAU